UAAGAGCUUGCUGGGCUAUUGAAAUCUUAAUUUUCGUAACAUUUGACCUGGUUAUCUUACCGCGNAAAAUACAGACUUCGACUGUUUCUUGCAGCAGUACAUCGCACAACUGUUGAGUAAAAACAUCGAAANAUGUUUAAGUAUUUUUUAAUCGUUUUUGUCUUUUGGUGUCAAUGUCGAGAAUAUGCAUCUGCACGAUAUAAAGGAGUUGCACUUGAGACAUCUGCAAACAAUGUAUUUGAGGAACACGCAUCUUCUCAAACCAACAAGACUAUCUUAUCGUUAUCUCAAAUUUCCGCGACNCUCAAUAGUAGUGAGAUUGCAGGAGAGAUGAGAAGAAAACCCAAUACUGCAACGAACGGACGUACUACCUAUAACGUCGAANUCGGUCAACAAACAUUUUAUGUAUUUNGCGAACAGGAAUUCAAGCGAUUNUUNUCGGAUAUAAGACGUUACGAUAAUAACAAUAAUAACAACAAUACUAAACUAAUACCACAAGGUUAUGUUUUUACACCUGGNAUUGGUGCACACAAGCUUCACUUUCGCAGUAUGUCAUGGGAGAAGGCUCGUCAGGCUUGUAUACGGGAAGGAGGUCAUCUGGCAAUUAUUAANUUUGAGUCCGAAGAGGAACUUCUUUUGCAAAUGCUACAAGAAAAAGGCGUGCCUUUGGCUUGGAUAGGAUUUGUUUUUGAAGACGGUGAUUGGAUCACCGUCAAUGGCGAUUCCUUAGAAAGUAUAGGAUACACCAAAUGGACAACCGCGUAUUCGAAUCAACCUAAUUGUGGAUUUCUCAGAAAAGAGUAUGGUGUGCAAGACAGUCCAUGUUUCUUCACCCAUUCGUUUUUUUGCGAGAUUCCUGUGUGAAAUUUUUCAUUAGCGCGUACGUAAAUACGUGAGAAUAGGUCUUACUAUGUGAAAUAAUAGUGAGCGAUGAGAGUUUUCAGAGACAAAAAUUGAAGAAAAUUAUUUCAAAUAGGAGUGAAUGUAAAAAGAAACAUCUAUUUCUUUUUUCGCAACUGACACAAAAUGUUCACGUAUUUUCUCAUAUUCACUGGUUAGAAAAAGACUAUAAAUCUUGGAUCAUUUGUCAUAAGGACUCUUGUUCCAGAAAACGCAUUGAAAUAUAGGAGCAAUAUUAUUAUAUUAUUUUUCUUUUGUACGAGAUUUCUAUGUAAAUUUCACACUGUGAUUUUGCUUAAAAGAAGUUAUAGCAAAGGGAAGAAACCCCAAAGAAAAACAACUACAAAACAAUAUCACCGAUAUUUUUCCUUGUGUUCGUAUAUUUAUUGUUUACUUUAUCACGCAAUAAUAAAUAUGUUUGUUUUGUGUUAUUUAAUUCGAAUGCUGCUUACAUUUUAUAUUAAUUUACACGUUAAUAAUAUAUUUUGCACAUUCAGUAUGUAGUCCUCAAAGUCCUGUUUCUUGAUUUAUUAUAUUUUAUUUGAUUUAAAAUGUUGUCUCUAUAUACUCGAAACAUAAAUUGAGCGUUCUUAUUCCGAGAAGUGGAAUAAACAAUCUGUACCGUGACAGUAUAGUUUACUUCUUUUGCAAGAUUCCUAUGUAUUAUAGUGCAACAAAUCAUAUAUAUAAUAAGUGAAUAAAUUCUACUACAAAGAAACAAUGUAUAGUGAAUCAUGUUAACUAAAUGCAAAGAGAAAUGAAGGAAA